CAUCAACCAAGGCUGUCCGCCCGCUUCAAUGGGACGAGAUCUGAAGCAAUGUAUGACGAUGUCCAGAUGGACCACGAGCCGGUACCGGCUAGACCAAGCGAAAGCUCUAAUACAGCAGCUACGCCGAUCUUCCCUUCUCAUCAAUACAUCUACAUCGCUAUCGAUACCAACGUCCUGAUCUCGCAUCUGGAUCUGGUCAAGAAGGUCUAUUUCAAACUUCAGGGAUCAUCAGUCGCCCAAUCAGCAAGAACAACCCAAGCACAAGCUUCCUCCGCGACAAGACACAAGACUGAUCAGCUUAAAGAGACAUGCCUUCUGCUACCUUGCAUUGUUCUAGACGAAUUGGACAGGUUCAAGAUGAAAGGUCCAGCUUGGUCGUCUCCUCCCGCAGCUACCAGCAUGUACACUCCUUCACAAGGACAAGCGAGCGGCCCCAUGCUCUCCCUGAUCUCCAACGAUUCUUUGGAUUUAUCGAUGCAUCGUCCUGGAAAUCUCUCCCGGAACAGAAACGGCCCAAACGAUCUUCAGUCGUCAGCGAGAGAGGCCGUUGCCUGGCUCUUCGAGGUGUUGCGAGCGGAGGAACAGCGACAAGUCAAGGUUGACAAGAAGAAAUCGGGUUCCCCGUCGAUCCCGCAAAUAUGGCGGUCGAUACGGUUCCAGAAGAGGGAUGAGAAGAUGGGAGUAGGGAUUCUGAAUCUGCCAAAGAAGGCGGAUACCCAGAUCCUUGAUUGCUGCAGAUACUUUUCAUCUGCGUUUCAAGGCGGAUCACAGGUCGUCUUGUGGACCGAUGACCGUAAUUUGAGACUGCAGGCCGAGGUGCACAACGUACCUACCAUAGGGUACCCAUCUCUGUCUGCUCAAAGCAUACUGAACGAAGUCAGGCAGAGGCUUGAUCACGACCAAGUCUCGAAUCGCGAGAUCCCGGAGGUGUCGAAAUCACCCACGGAGACGAAACCGAGACCUGUACUCACAGGCGAUAUCUCAAUGUGGGAUCCUGCAAACCGCCCGGAAGGCUCUUCCCCUGUCAAAGAGCUCUCGAAGAAACAGAAAGCUCGUGCCAAAAAGGCUCAGAAGAAGACCGAGGUUGCUGUCUCGCCGUCCCUUCAACCAACCUUGCGCAACAUCGAUGCGAGAUUAUCCCAAAUCAUACCUAUCCAACUAUACUCUUUUCUCCUGAGCAAGCUGUUCAACGACGACCCUGUGCGCUUGCGAGGGUUCUUGACGGCGGACGAUCCUGGUCCCGGAAUUUGGGAUACGAGGCAUUGCCUACACCUCAUCGAAAAGAGCUGGACAGGGCUGAGCUUGAGCGGAGGUUUCCCACCCGAGACUUUGGCGGUGAUGUGGGAGGGAACCGCUUGGUUGAGGGGAUUCUGGGAGUGGUACACCGAACCCAGCCGAGCGCAUCUCCGACCGGGCGGGACGGCAGCCGAGAAGAUGAGCGGCAAUCUCGAUGCGAUGCACAUCGAUGAGGCACAUCCGCGGCAGCCUCAGUCCAAUGCUGACAACGAGGCUCUGUGUAGGGACUGGACCUCAGCGGGACAAGCGUUGAUACUAGUCUUUGGCGGGCUGAUGAAAGAUGAUGCUCGACAUGAGCUCGAGGAGGUUGUUCGAUGGAUGAACAGCGGGACGUGAGGGAGUAUAGAUCCUAACGGUCGCGAUGAUUUCGUAGAAGGAGAGACGAGGUAAUCUUUCCGCCCAUGCCUUUAAUGACCAGCACGACCAAAUAAUGCCAACAAUCAUAGUUACGACUAUGGCCUUGUAACGAACGAUGCCCCAUUCAGAUUCUAGAGAAAUGGUUAGCCUGCU